GUAGCGAAAUACUGUAAAGCCAAGGAAGAGUGUGAGGGAUCAUUCACGUCGGACCCUGGCGGACAUCAUGACCCGUCAUGCUUGGCACUAGUACUUUGAGCCCCUCCACAGCUGUCCGUACCCGUAUCUCGAGAGCACAGAAUCCAUCCCGUGGCACGUCUCCUUUCCUCUCCUCUCCAUCUUCACCAAUAUGAAAGAAGCAGCUCUGCCACCAUGAAGAAAACUCUGUUGCUAUGUUUCAUCCACGGCUUCAAAGGGGAUGAUAAUACCUUUGGAGAUUUCCCGAAGCACCUGCAGAAGCUCCUGACACCUGCGCUGCCCAAGAUCGACAUUCAGACCAUUGUCUACCCAACCUUCGACACCAGAGGGGAUUUGGGAGAAUGCGUUGCCAGAUUUCGAGAUUGGUAUGCCCCCAGCUCUUCCUCUUGGGCUCUGGAGAGUCUGGCUAACCUUCAUCCGCAUCAGGCUCCAGGAAAAGGUUAUUGACAUAGAAGUCAAAUCGCAUACACCCUCCCCCACCGUCGAUCCCAGCGUUCAUGUCAUCCUCAUAGGACAUAGUAUGGGUGGAAUAGUGGCAGCGGAUACCAUUCUCUCCUUGACCAGCGAUCAGCCCGUCGAUUCCUCCUCGGCGAGUUCGACUAUCCAGCCAGCCAACGCAUCUGCGCCACUUAACACUCUUAUGUUCUCAUACGUACGAGGCGUUCUUGCUUUCGAUACUCCAUAUCUAGGCAUAUCUCCAGGAGUUGUAGCACACGGAGCAGAAGGUCAUUACAAUGCUGCAAGCUCAGCUUUAGCACAACUCAGUGGAUUGACAACGGCGAUUUGGGGAACGAAUGCCGCAGCAAAGGCUACCGAAAAUCCAGAGGCGAAAAAGAGCAAGCCACCUGCAGCCCUACCAGCACCUCCGGCACCAGAAAGUGCGUGGGCAAAAUGGGGAAAGCUUGCUCUAGCAGCGGGUGGUGUCGCAGCUGUGGCCGGUGCCGGUGCAACUGCGUUUGUUAAUCGAGAUAGGAUCACGGAAGGAUGGGGAUGGGUCGGCUCGCAUCUUGAAUUUGUCGGGUGCCUGAUGAAAGGAGAGGAACUGCGGAAACGAGUCACUGGGAUGGUCACACUCAAUAAGGAAAUGGACGUUGGUUGGGCCAAUCUUUACACGCGACUUGGCAAGAAAGCUGUGAACAAGGAAACUGGAAGCAUGGUUGGAAGUGUGAUCGGAAACCAGCGAACGUUUUGCAACCUGCCACGCAGUGAUGCGAGAAUAUUUUGGAAGGAAGCAAUCAAUGAUAACGCUGGAGAUGAAGCUAGUGCACACAUGAGUAAGUUCGACUGUCCACUUGUUGGCAAGGUUUUGUGUUGCAGACUAUGCUGCUUCAUAUCUGCCCUUGAAAAGCAGUCUCACUAAUGUCACCUAGCAAUGUUCUUUCCCAAAGAUAACCCCGGAUAUCAAAGCCUUACUGAGUCUGCUAGAAACCUGGUUGUUGGCUGGACUCGUGGGGAAUGGUACGAUUCUAGCUUCGAGGGUCAAAAAGCCCUCAAAGCUAAAGGCGAGAUGCAAUUGGGCUGAAUUCCUAAUAUUCACCACAGCUGUACUAUUCGGACUUUCACGGCCAUGAGAUCGAGCCCACAGCAUUAUUUACAGGCGCCGGAGUCCUUAGAUCGCAUCAAUGCUUCGUCAAUUGGGCUGGCCUGAGUAUUUCGAUCUUACAGGCUUACGGUUCUCACACUGCCUUUCAAAUCAUCAAGCACGCUUGAUAUCCUCUGCUCAAGCUUGCCUACUUGAACGGGGUAUCAACAAAGCUUAUUCAAUAUAUCUGACAUGCUCGCUGAAUCGAACAAACUUGGACUGCCGUUGUAAAGUAUGGAAAUCAGUCUAUCUUGGAUUCCUAGACAAUGGGUCGCUUGCGGAUAUCGAAUGGAAACCCCCACAAAACUUGAGGCAACCGAAUUCAGUUCAUGAGCCAAUGAUACUAAGAAAGCGCUUGAUCAGUUCCACUGUGCAGGAUUCCACCACGAAUACAUCAGUCGUAGCAACAGCAUGACCAAGGAUGGUCGCACUACCUUGAUCGAUCCGAGCUUUGCUAGCCGACUUGGGAGUGCGGUUCUAUUAUUUUUCUUAGGCUAGAUCUACACCGACAGUCAAUUUGGCAUUGGUUCUGAUUUGGCACAACUCGAUCAUGCACAGACUCAAUAUUACUCUUUCUAUCUGUACAACGUACUGUGGUUUCUAGUGGAUAAGUCGUGGUCAGUGAGUAUUGUCAAGGAAGGCACGGUAUGUAAGCUGGGAAGGGAAUAGACUUCAAUAAUUUCACUCAUUGCUUACAUGCGAUAAGAUACCAUCGAGAUCUUGAACUCGUGUAGAAUCCUACUGCAACUUGUCGGUUACGACUUGACAUGCUACUCCACUCGUUCUUAUAGGGUUCCUUCCAACUUUGGCUCAUUGAAUAAUCAUUGAUUACGGAUAUUCCGGCAGCGAUAGAAACAAUUUUGGUUAGUACGUAACAUCAUUGCAUCAAUCGAAAGGACUGGACGUCCAGUACUUAUCACGUUUUCACCCCUGUUUUCAACCCCCUGUCUUACAUCCAAUGACGUUACAAACCCGUGUUCUGGCUGCAAAACAAUAUCAUCUCCCUUUCCUACGCAGACCUGGGCAUGAUAAAUGUUCUAGGUUAUUGC